AUGGGGGUAGCACUGAAGCGGCCCACGGAGCGAGGAAAGGCUGGCGCAGCACUCCACCCAACGGGCACGUGUGACCCCACCGGCUUCGGCAACGUAGAUGACAACAGCUCAGGGGGACGUGUAGAUUCUGAUGAGCCACUAGGCCAGCUAAAGCCGAGCGCGGCGCACGUUAUGAGCAACACGGACUCCGGCAGCACUGCGCAGUUGCCGGCCGGUGCCGACGGGGCGGUGAUGACGUCGCCGAAAAGAAUCGCGGGCAGCCACGCUGCGGCUACUGACCCGCGUGCGAACUGUGCCGUAGAAGUCAGAAGAGGCGUCGCCGAGGAAGGACAAAAGGGCAACAGCAGCAACAGCAGCAGCGUCAAAGAUCUUGAUAGAGGCGUCGCACUGCGCAGACGAGGGAGUCACGGCAACACCGCAGAUGUGAACAGCGCGGGACAGCACAGCGGUGGCGCAGCGGGCUCGCCGGCGCAGCGAGCAGCGGCGGAGGUCGACACUGGCGUUUCUCAUGCCCCACAGCAGCAACCGCAACCACAACCGCAGCAACCACCGACGAAUACUCAAUCAGCCUCUUUGAUGAAGUUGUCGCUCCGCGCCAUGCGUAUUGUAGCACGUGUCGACACCAUCGUGCGCAGGUGCGAGGACCUCGACCCGACCCCACCCACCGUCGAGGAACGGGGCAUGUACGAAGUCUUUGCGGCGCUACGCAACAGCGCCGUCGGCCCGCUCUUUCUUAGCCACCCGGAGGUCUCGCUGUCGAACCGGUCGAGCGUCAUCUGCAUCCCGGACUUUUAUCAAGAUGAGGUGAUCAACGGCUACCGCCUCCGCGCGGCCUACAACGCGGGCACGAUCGGACGCAGUUAUUUCGCCACGCGCGACCUGACGUCGAGCUCGAGCGCGUCCCUCUCCACCGGGCACAGCGGCGGCGGCACAGCCGACGACGCCGCGACGGAAUCGAUGUUUCGCGUCUUGAAAGUCGUCAGCUUUGUCCUGCGGCGCUCUCUCAUGGACGCCGUCACGGCAGAGCAGCGGGUCUUGGUGAACGUGCUGCACGAAAACGUCCUGCGCCUCUGCGACGUCCUCAACGACGAGGCAGGGGAGAACAUGAUCGUCAUCACAAACUACCAGCCCAAGGGCAAUAUCGGCUGCUACGCCGGCAAACUUGCCGGCGACGGUGACAAACUGCGCCGCAUCCUGACGGAGAUGGCGGUGGGGCUGCGCAUCCUUCACUCCCACAAGGUGUACCACAACAAUUUGAAACUGGACAACGUGCUCGAAAACGCGGACGGGCACUUCUGCAUUGCCGACGCCGGGUUCUGGCGCCUCUUCGCCUCGCAGUGCCCCGAGGACCUCGUCUUCAACGGCGAGCUGGCCUCGCUUCCGCCGGAGGUGUUCGACCCGAGCGGGCCGUACGCCACGGGCGACAUCGACGCCGUGUCGCAGGCGGGCGUGGACGGGGCGGCGGCCGUGGACAUUUGGGGCUUCGGUAUCCUCAUGUACCGACUCGCAUACGGCGCCGAGCCGGUCGAGAUCGCCGAGCGCUCCUACGAGCAGGUGCGGGAGCGGGUGCUGAACUUUGAGUUGACCUUCCCGGCCCAGCCGCAGUGGAGCUUCGCAGGGGACCUGGAGGAGGCAAUCCAGUGGUGUCUGCAGAAGAAGGCGGCGCACCGGCCGAGCAUCCUGCGACUGCUGCGGCAUCCAUUUUUCAAAGAUGGGCUGAUGGGCAGCGUCAUGGCUCCGCGCUGCAUCUCCAUGACCGGCAGCUUUGCGUUUGGCGGCGCGUACCAGUCGAGCAGCCUUGGCGACCGCACGCUGAGCAACCAGAACCUGCGCGGGGCGUCCUUGAGUAACGUCUCGAUGCCGACAACGCGGUCUCAGCAGCGCAACGGAUUCCAGGUAGACGCCUUUCUCGGCGAGGGCCGCUUCUCCGAGACACUGCUCGUGCACCUGCGCCGCAACCCCUCAAAACAGUUCGCCUUCAAGAUCAUCUACAAGUCGAUCCUGAAGCAGCUGCGCGCGCCAGACCGCGAGGCGUGGGCAAACGGACUGCGUCGCCAGCUUGUUAUCUGUCGCAAGGUGAACCACCCGAACAUCAUGCACUUCAUUGACAUCGUCGAGGACAGGAAGGUGGACUGCUUUGUGGUACAGGAGUACGUGCAGGCCGGCUCCAUUCGCUCCGUCCCGGCCGUCGAGAACGGCGACUCGUUCCCGACGCUGCAGGAGUUCUUAGUGGACGUGCUGUCCGGCCUCGUGCACCUGCACGACAACGGUGUCGUGCACCUGUGCCUCUCUCCCUCAAACAUUUUCUUCUCGGAGGACACGUUUCACUACCGCCUUGCGGAUUUCGGCCCGUUGUUCGUGACUGUCGAUGCCCUCACCGCGUCCAUCGCCGCCGGGACGCCGCUCUACACGCUCCCGGAGUGGCUGCGGAAGGAAUCUCCCAUCAACGGCACCCAUGUCGACGUCUUUUGCGUCGGUCUCCUCGCUGCGUCGGUGCUGCCGGAGGUGUACAAUCACGUGUGGAACGAGUUGCGUGAGACGUACCACGACGAUAGCUUCUCUGUGGAGGCGGUGCUCGCGGCCGUGCGGGACCCCCUCUCACGCCUUCCGGAGACGCUGAUCGCGUUUAUUGAGGACGCGUUGUUAGGCAAACUGCUCGACGCCCGUGCGGCGCUGCAGCAUCUGUACUUUAAAAACAUGGAAGCGGCGCAGAACCAACCAAAGCGGAUCAUCGACGUGACGAACGACGAGAUUCGCGGCGCCGUGCACUCAAAGCCGGAGACGCGCGACGAGACGCCCAUGAUGGACGCGCUGGCGCAGGACCCCUUCCAGGAAAGUCAGAUGCUGACCUCCGUGACCGACGGCGGUGGGCUGAACACCGAGUCGGGCAACGACGCGUCUGUCAGCGCCGGCAUCAACCCCGACCGCUUCGAGGUGUUGACGUUCACCGGAGACAUCUUGUCGUGCGGGCAGUGCGGCGCGGAGCUCACCGUGGCGCUGUACCAGUGCCCCGACUGCGUGGACUACGUCCGCUGUGGAAAGUGCUCCGUCGGCGACCACCACAAGGUCGACCACCAACUUGUUCCGUACGUCGUCUACACCAUCGAGCACAGCCCGGAGGGCGGGAACAAAGCCGUACUUGUCCACCCCUCCGAUGUGCCGGACGUGCACGCGCUGGAGACGCUGGAGAUGACGGCAAACUUCCCUGUCGGGUCCCUCACCACGCAGCUCACGGCGCUGCGUGCGGCGGAGCGCUCGAUUGCGCUGCGCAGCGGCGGUGGGACGAGCAUCACGAAGAACGUGUUUACUGACAUGGAGAGCGUCGUGCACCUCCCAGAUGAUGUAAACGAACAGAGCAUCUCCACGACCAUCAACGGUCGGAGUUCCAUGAGCCUGCGCGGGUGGGGCGUCGUGCCCACCGGUGGUGGUGGUGGCGUAACCAGCGGUAUGGUUCCUCCCGGUGCGAGCAUUGCGAGCAGCUCCGUCGGCAUCAACUUUAAUCGCGCGGACUUCAUCACGCCGCAAGACGCUGGUUCGCUGUGUCUGCCACUGGCACCGAAGUUCUCGCUUAUGAAAGGCAAGGAGACCAAGAAGUUGGCGUUACCGAAAGCAGAGGAAAUCGAGGACGACGACUGGCAGCAGGAGCUGGAACGGUGUCGUACCACCAACUCGAAUGAGUUGCUCUUGUAUAGCUAUGGCCUGGAAAGUGUGCCGGUGGAGGUGUACAACCCACCGCUGUUGCAGGUCGUUGUGCUGGACCUGUCGCAGAACAGUCUUACCUCUCUUCCACACGAGCUGAGUUUUCUGAUACGACUGCGCAAGCUGGUCGUGUCGUACAACAAGCUGACGGACCUGCCAGACAGCCUAGGCAACCUGAACGAGUUGGAGUCCUUUGAUGCGAGCCACAACGCCAUCGAGGAGCUGCCGCAGACCUUCAUCUAUCUUAGCUCUCUCACCUCGGCCGCGCUCGACUACAACAACUUUGCGCAGAUCCCCGAGAGUCUGCUGGAGAUUAUGGCGACGCCGUUGAUGGUCACGGCGCCACAGACCAGCACGGAGUCUUGUAGCGGCGGCGUCACGGGCAACACCCAGACCGGCAUGCAGCGCCUCACCAGCUCCGUCGCAAAUCUGGCCGCGUCGUCGGCAACGAACGGCAGCGGGAGCGUGACCAAGACAACGUUCCUGUCGCCGAAGCUGAAGGUGAUCUAUCUUGCGGCGAAUGACCGCAUCACCACCUUUCCCGAAAAGCGUUUGCUGGAGCGCUUUGACGACCUGACGAUUGCCGUGGACAACGAGCCGUCGCUGUACAAGUACUACUACGACAACAACCUCGACACCGUGCUGCCGAACAUCACCAUAAAUUGGAACAAGAUUUACCCCGACGAGAUCAUUCCCUAUUUGUUUUGUGGUAGUCUGCGCUCCGCGCAGUCGCAGAUGGUGUACCGGAAACUGAACAUCUCCUACCUCCUAACCGUUGGCCGGCAGCUCGUGCCCGUCCCACCGGAGGGCGGCACUCACAAGGUCAUCGUGGUGGACGACAUUCCCGGUGCAGACAUUCGCACUUCCUUCCGUGAGGCGGUUGGUUUCAUUGAGGAGAGUCAGCAGAAGAAGAGCGGCUGUCUGGUGCACUGCUUCGCGGGCCUCUCGCGCUCUGCCACCACUGUGAUUGCGUACCUUAUGAUGAGAAAGAACAUGCGGUUAGAUGAGGCGUACCUGGUAGCGAAGAAAGGGCGGCCUGCAAUUUUGCCGAACAAGGGUUUCUUCGAUCAGCUGGUGGAGCUGGAUCACGAGUUAUUCCCGGAUGCGACGCGUCCGCUCGAUAUUGAGUCUCUAGGAAGGCCAGCCGGUUAA